GGAAUCUCUCAACCAUUCCUCUGGACAAACCUCUGCCAGGCACCAGAAAGUACCAGAGUUCUUGGACUUUGCCUACAGAGCAGACACAACCAUCAGAAAUGAGGAUGGGCCCAAGCCCUGGCCCUAGGAAGACCCACUAAAUGAGGCCAUCCUCUCACCUUAUUCUGCAGGAGACAGGAUGGAAAAGCAGAUGUGAAGUCCCUCAUGGCGAAGUUUAACUCAGGCGGCGGCAAUCCAACAGAGGAAGUCGCGGUCAACAGACGACCCUUCAAUGCCACAGGGCAAAGUUCACCUUCAGGAAUACAAGCAAAAAAGAAUUUAUUCAACAACCAAGGAAAUGCCAGUCCUCCCGCAGGACCCGGUAACAUAGCUAAGUUCGGAUCCCCAAAGCCACCUUUGGGAGUGAAACCUUCUUCAGAGGAAAAGCCUGACAAGGAGCCCAAACCCCCAUUUCUAAAGCCUACUGGAGUCAGUCAAAGAUUUGGGACGCUGGCAAACCCAGCCACCAGAGAUCCUGAGGUGAAAGCGGGAUUUACGAAACCUGUAGGCCACAAGCCCUUCAACUUACCCAAAGAAGACUGCAAACCUGUGUUUCCCCGGCCCCCUGGGAAUAAGCCAGCACUUCAUAGUAUAAACCAAGACAACGACUUAAAACCACUAGGCCCGAAGCCCGGGUCUAAUUCUCCAGCCCAGGAAAAUGAACAGAAGCAAGUUUUUCCAAACAUGGCUGGGGUCAAAGGCAAGUUUCCCUCAGCCUCACAGGAUCAUGACCCCAAACCCCUCUUCCCCAAGCCUGCCUUUGGCCAGAAGCCAUCCCUGACUUCCGAAGCCUCCCAUGAAGACGAGAGCCCCACCAAGAAUGUGUUUCUACAGAAAGGACCCCCAGUUCCCCCGGGAGCUAAGCCCAAAGCCAGCCCUUUAAUAAAACCACCAAGGGAAGACCCAGAAAAGAGAGACCAUGGAGGGGAUGCACCAAGUAUGCCUUUUCCUGGAGUGGUACUAAAACCUGCAGCAAGCAGAGCUCUCCCAGGAUCCUCCAAAAAUGCUGAAGAAAAUAAGGAAGACAGGAAGAUCGACGCUGCUAAAAACAUCUUCCUAAGCAAAAUGAAUCAGGAAGAGUCAGCCCCUGGGGCUCCUCCUGCGAAGUUCCUUAAGUCACCUUCUAAGCUGACAGCGGGAGGGCCAUGGGGCCAAAGCCUAGAGAAGGAAAAGGGAGAUAAGAUUCCAGGCACCCCGAGGCGGAAGCCAUUGCCUUCCUUGUUAACCCUGGGCCCCCCUCCACCAAAACCCAACAGACCACCAAACGUGGACCUGUCGAAAUUCCGAAUAGCCACUUCUGGAAACAGCACCAGCAAAGCCCAAGUGUCUUACUCAACUGCUUCCCUACCACCACCUCCACCAUCCCAUCCGGCCAGCCAACCACCGUUGCCAGCAUCUCACCCAACACAACUAGUCCCAAGCCUACCUCCCAGAAACAUUAAGCCUUCUCUUGACCUAAAACACCCUGUAAAUGAAGAAAAUCAAAAUGAUGGCUCUGAUGGAGUUGGAAAUCUAGAUGAGGAACAAGACAGUGAAGGAGAAACAUAUGAAGACAUAGAAGCAUCCAAAGAACAAGAGAAGAAAAGAGAAAAGGAGGAAAAGAAGAGAUUAGAACUAGAGAAAAAGGAACAGAAGGAGAAAGAAAAGAAAGAACAAGAAAUAAAGAAGAAAUUUAAACUAACGGGCCCUAUUCAAGUCAUCCAUCAAGCAAAAGCUUGCUGUGAUGUUAAAGGAGGAAAGAAUGAACUAAGCUUCAAGCAAGGAGAGCAAAUUGAAAUCAUCCGCAUCACAGACAACCCUGAAGGAAAAUGGUUGGGCAGAACAGCAAGGGGGUCAUACGGUUAUAUUAAAACAACUGCUGUGCAAAUUGACUAUGACUCCUUGAGACGGAAAAAAACCUCUCUCGGUGCCAUUUCAUCAAGACCUGUUUUGGAUGACCAAGAAGUGUAUGACGACGUUGCAGAGCAGGAUGAUAUUAGUGGCCACAGUCAGAGUGGAAGUGGAGGGAUAUUUCCACCUCCACCAGAGGAUAUUUAUGAUGGGGUUGAAGAGGAAGAUGCUGACGAUGGUUCCACAUUACAGGUUGAAGAGAAGAGUAACUCAUGGUCCUGGGGGAUUUUGAAGAUGUUAAAGGGAAAAGAUGACAAAAAGAAAAGUAUACAAGAGAAAUCUAAAGUCUCUGAGUCAGACGAUAAUGAAGGUUCAUCUUUCCCUUCUCCUCCUAAACAAUUUGAUAUGGGAGAAGAAGUUUAUGAUGAUGUGGAUGCCUCUGAUUUUCCCGUCCCACCAGCAGAGAUGAGCCAGGGAAUCAAUAUUGGAAAGUCCAAGACAGAAGAAAAAGACCCUAAGAAGCUGAAAAAGCAGGAAAAAGAAGAAAAAGACUUCAGGAAAAAAUUUAAAUAUGAUGGUGAAAUUAGAGUCUUAUAUUCAACCAAAGUUGCACCUUCCUUAACUUCUAAAAAGUGGGGAACCAGGGAUCUACAGCUGAAGCCUGGUGAAUCUCUUGAAGUUAUUCAAAACACAGAUGAUACAAAAGUUCUCUGCAGGAACGAAGAUGGAAAAUAUGGUUAUGUCCUUCGGAGUUAUUUGGUGGACGAUGAUGGAGAGAUCUAUGAUGAUAUUGCUGAUGGUUGUAUCUAUGACAAUGACUAGCACUCAGCUUUGGUCAUUGUGCUGUGCUCAUUAAAUGAAGUCUGGGUUUUAAUUGGCCUAUUACUGUGUAUCACAGAAAAUGAAUGCACAAAGAAGCUGCUUUCCAUUUGUUAUGAAAUUCUGACUAUCUCUAUGCGGGCUUGAAAUUUUGGACAUAGAAAAUGAUCUCUCUGCUUAAUCAGCAUCUCAGAAGAUUGCAUCAAUGAGAUGUAAGAAUUAUUAAAUCCCAUUUAUCUCAGUUACAAUUAUAAAGGCACAUCUUCUGGACUAUCCCUAGACAACUCUUCCUCCCCAUCCCCCCAAAAGGAAAUAAUUUGGGAAGAAAUAACUGUUCCAUAUAAAGAAAUAAAAGGAAGAAAAAUAAAUAUAAGGCAGGAAAUUUUAAUAUUCUGUAAGAAGGAAAACUAUAGUUUGCACCUCUAAUCAUGGUAGUAUCUGAUAUUCUUUGCCAUCCAAAUUAUUAAUCUUUAAAUGGUAGACCUAUUUCAUCUGCUGGUGGGUUAAAUGUUUUCCAUAAUUAAGGUAACAGUAGACCUUUUGUAUAAAGUUUAUCCCUAUUUGUUAAUUAAGAAUAUACAUUAAUUAUUCGAUACAAAUGUAUGCAUUUAGUAUGCACAUCUAAGAUUAAAACUGUAGAAGAAUCUAAAAAGUUUUCUUUUAGAUUCAUAUGCUAACAGCUUAAUUCUUCACUCUAUUUAAAAUACUUUUGUAAUCAGACUAGAUAUGAAUGAGAACUACCCUAAAAUUACAAAGAAUGGAAGAAUGGACCUUGAAAUUAAUUACCUCGUAUGGCACCUCUUUACUAUAAAAUCUCUUUUAAAGGCUUUUUCCCCCAUUACCUGUACAGAACUUUUUUUGCCACUUUACUGGAAAGUUGGCCAACAGAAGGAAUACAAAUUAAACUAAUUCCCCAAACAACCCAAAAACAGAAUGUGAAGCACUUGGAUUUCAAAUGCUAAGAACACUAAACACCAUGGUAUGAAAUUCAAAACCCAAUACCCAGGAAAAUAGCAUAUUAGGCAAUUAAUUUUUUCACAAUAUCCAAAAUAUAAGGUGAGCAAACCCUAAUGCUGGCUCUGUUACUAACAGACUAUGUUGUGAUAUUGGUAAAUUAUCCUCUCAGUUUCCUAAUUUGUAAAUUACAGGAUUAGAUUACGUCAGUUCCCCAACUUUUUUCACUACAAAUGACCUCAAAUUUUUAUAAUCCUCCUCCCACUCCAGUUCAUGUUUCCAAGUCUUUUGUCUAUCUUUUAAAAUGCAUUGAUUAAAUGUGAUUAAUGCAUUACCCAUGUUUUAACAGUGCAAAGGUCUUUUGGAGCUUUUGAAGAGUUGCCCCACUGAAUUGAAAAAAUUCCAAAUAAUUGUAAAGAAACUCAAAGCCUUCAUAUGGGUAAAGUGAGAUUUUUAUUAAGUGCUUUGAAAUUUGAAAUUAGCUUGUCAACUUCCACUGCUUAAUUUAUAGAUAUUUGGGGGUCUGUGGCCCCCAGAUUAGAAGUCACUGAUCUCAAAAUCCCUCUCCCAUUACAAAAUAUUUUGUUGCCUGUUUUUUCAUAGGGUAAACCAUAUAUGCCUGUAUGAUGAAUUUCUUUUAAUCUAGAUGAAAUUACAUGAUAAAGAAAUAUUCUUUGUUUGUUAAAUUUGUUAUCAAAUAUACACAAUGCACUGACAGUCUAUUUCCAGUAUUUUUUUCUUCUGAUUGAGACUAUCAUAGAUUCAAUUAGCAUGUCAGUUUUCAAAAUUCCAAAUUAGAUCAAGAGAAAAUUUUAGAGUUUGGUUUAUACACCAGGAAACAAACACAUACAUACCUAUGAAAGAUUUAUGUAAUAGAUAAUCAUCUUAACACAUAACAUAUGUUUGGAAUAUUAAUUUUAAUAUCCUAAAUAUUAUUUCUGUUAUGGAUUUAAGUAUGGAACUUUGUCAUGUGAAAAGAGCUACAAAUAAAAAAAUACCUUACGCAGAUGACCUUGUCUCCUACUUCAAAUAAUUGAGGCUAUCAAUCUUUCCCUUAACUUGAUCCCACAUGCAAGAGUCUUUCUCAGUGCCCAUCCUUACCUCUUUUUGCUUCAGUCUCAGAGGAUAGGGUACUUCCUAUUCAAGGGCAAACUUGCCACACCAGUGCACCUGAUACUGUUGCCACCAGUUCUGCCAUUGAAGUUGAGAUGAUCAAGUGCAGUUUCUUCAAUUCCCUACAACCUUCCACCUUAACCCAUAUCAAGACACUAUCCCAGAGAGUACACUGUCACUCCUCACAUUAAAGCCCUUGACCCUAUUUUUUUCCUGCCUUCUCUGGAGUCUUCCUCCACAAUCCAUUUCCCUCCCCUUCCUUUGUUUUCCCCUCUCUGUCUCUCCUUUCCCAGUCUCUUUCCCUUCCUCCCUCUCCUUUAACUUUAACUUCUACUGUAGUAGAUUCCUUCCUCCAGGCUUGCAAAUAUUCUCAAGUCUUUCCUAUCCAAAACACAAGACAAAACCUUGCCUUGAAUCCAAAUACCUCUCUAACUACAGCCCAUUUCUAUCUUUCUUUCUCAUCCCAUUGUCUUUAAAUGGUAGGAUACAUCUGGUGGCCAAGAAAAUAUGCCUUACAGGCCUCCAACUAUGGGGAAUUCAAUUGACCAAAGGCCUUAGCUGCUUGCAGAGCUCUAAAAUCCAUCACCAUGUGUGCCAAGGCCUCACUUCCCACAGGCUUCUCCUAGCCAAUUCUCAAGCUUGGCAGGGAUGCUAAGGCAAGCCUCUUCCUGGACAGUAGAAAACACCUCAGGUGGCCAACUUUCAUUUGAGAACUACCUGAUAGCCUUGCUGAAUCUUCCUUACCGUUCACAGCCCCCUUACCCUGGGAUGCUUCCACCCAACCAGCCCUUCCUCUCUCCUUCAGUGGGGUCAUUUCCUCUUACACAUGUAUUUUUCAAAAUAAAAUCUGAUUUUCAGGGGAUCUGAAUUGAGCACAGUACAGCUGGAGACCUUGUAAAAAUACACAUUUUCCUCCUCGGAUCAAUUGAAUCAGAAUCUCUGGGGAAAGAAUUUUGGAAUCCAUUUCUAAUUAACUCUAAAUGUUUGUGUAAUGCUUAGCCAGAUUUGAGAAUCCUUGGCCCCUAUUCUCCCUGUGUCACAUUCUCAAGUUAUAUUCACUCUAACUUAUUGCAAUUUGGUCUCUGCUGCAAUUGCUGUAAGGUUGUCUCUAUGUGGAUAUACCACAAGAAACUAACUCAUGGGAUUCACAGUUAAUCUCAUCCUUUUUCUGCCUUAAAUCAAUUGUUCCUCCUGUAGAUUCUAUCUCCAUUACAUUUCUGUCUCGUAUUUUCUCUCCUCAUAUCCAAUGAAGCAUCAUUAAAUGAAGUCCCAGAGAGUAAGGAUUCUGUCUUAUUUAUGUUUAUAUCCCUAUACUUUACAUCGUAUUUGACACCUAGAAGCCCUUCAUUAUAUAUUUGCUAAUGAAAGAAUCAAUGAUUGAUGAGCCUGCGAAUGUGUUAAUUAUCUGGACUGCCACUGUAAUUUUUCCUUAAUUACUGUUUCAAAUGAUAAGGAGUUAAGUAAAUUGAUGCCUGAAAAUUUCCUAUUGGUUUUAUCAACAUGAGUCAUUGAUGAUCUUAAAAAGAUUCAUGGAAGCAAUCAAGAUGAAGCUGAUUGCAGUGGUGUCACCAGUAGGGUUCUCUGGAAACAGAGGCUGAGAUAGUUUGGGUAUAAGGUGUCUAUUAGGGAUCAACAUCUGUAAAAGGAAGGGGAGGAAGCAGAAUUGAACAGAGAGAGAAAUUGAACUGCAAUGAAGGUCUGAUAAAGCUUUAGUUAACCAAAUGGGAACCCUGGAGUACAAGCUGCCUAUCAGAGUGAUUCCCCUUCAGGCCAUAAUGCCUAGACCUUUUUACUCCCACCUUGCUCAUUACCAUAUGUGGACAACCCUGGAAAAGGCAUGACCUUGUGCAAGAUAACUCUGCAGUUGAAGCAGACCCUGAAGGGGCAGACAGCUGGAGGCUGUCUGCAGGCCACGCCCUCUCAGCUGGGCAGCAAGUCUUUGAUAUAAGUUUGGACAGCUUAUAUCCACAGAUGGACUGACAGGUGACUGGGACAUUGGACAACUGAAACAGACAAUAUGGACAACUCCUUCCAGAAAUUUCCAAAAAACAAAGAACAUGAUGUAAGUGAUAGCCAGAUAGGAAAAUAAAGUGAAGAAAAGUCUUCUGUAUUGUAUUUCUUUGGGGGAAUUUGUUUGUUUUCUAAGACAGAAAAGACUCGAGUUUAUUCAAAAGCUUAUGGGAAGGAUUCAGCCAAGACUGAAAGAUAAAAAAUAUACGGGAGAGAUAAGAGAUAAUCAAGGAUCUAACUUUUGUGAGAAGAUGGAAGCGUGGAUAGAUUGUAAAAACAUUUGUAAAUAUUUUUGUUUUUUUAGAAUGAAAUAUACAUUCUAACAAUUUCUUUUUAGAAUGAAAAAAUGCUAACAAUUUCUUAUUACAUCUAUGAAAUGCUUGGCAUGUUCUAGGCACAUCAGGAGGGCUCAGAUAUCACCUAUUUAUUAUUAUUUUGUUAUUAUUAUUAUGACUAAUUUUGAAAUACCUGCUAAUGCUGCCUAGAUUAUCACAAUCAGAUCACAUACUGAAGGUUUAUUUUAGUGACUAUAUACAUCCUUGUUUUCUGCCUCCUACUUGAGAAUACAGCUAAAUUAUGUCACCUUGAACAAGAUUAUAAAAUUUGCUAAGACUCAGGCUAUUAAUUUAUAAAAUGUGAAAGUACCUACUUUAUAGGGUUGUUAUAAAAUUUAGUUGAAACAAUGUCUUAAGCAUUUAGUACAGUGUCUGACUUAUGUGAACAAUUGUUAUCAUUACCCUGCUUGGUAGUUUGCUACUAUACAUUCUGAACGUGUCAACUCAGUGGAAUUCUGUUGAGAGUUGUAUUGUUUCAAAGAUGACAAAUUUGCUGUGAGUGCCUAAUAUUUGCCCUCUGAUAUAUAAGAGUAAUAUAAAAACACUUAAGAUGAAACACACAACUUAAAAUUAUAAUAAAUAAAAGCAGUAUCUGAGCCAGGUCCAGUUCCUACAGUUGAAUAUUAGGCUUUGGUAUGGCAUAUCUCUUUUACUUGGCAUUUCCUGCAACUCUACGUUAAAAGGAUAAAGUUGUCCUGGCUUUCAUAAUACAGGCAACGAUUUUCUAAUUUGUGGAUAGUUUUCAUUCUGUUUCCUUAAGGAAAAUAUUAGGCUGUAUAUGGGUUCUCCUAGUGAGGCUAGAAUGGAGUCACCAUCUUCAGUUUUAACUGCAAACAUGGCAAAGUGAUGGAUGCUCCACAGAUAUCUCUCAUCUCUGGGGGUUCAUAUGAGCUCAGCAAUUCUUCUAUAACUGUUUCCACAGAGAAAUGAGUUAGAAGAGUUUUCCAGAUGUCUAGAAAGCAUAUUUUAAACAAUCUAUUAAUGGUCUUCCUGCUCAAAUUUGGAAAAUGGUUCAGUCAGAGAUCUUGGGCUGCAAGCAACAGAAACAAUGUAUUGCCCUUGAGUAGAUCAACCACAAAUCAAAGUCCCUAGAGAGAGAACUCCAUUGACUGUGCUUGAGUCAUGUGCCUGGCCAUGGGGUGGAGUAAGGGAGGAUUCUAACCCUUCAGCUCCCAUAGUGAAAGUCACCAGGAAUUAUCCUUGUAAACAAGACUACACUCAGUGGUGGAAAGAUAAUUUCCAAAUACAAAAAUCAGAGUGCUGAGGAGCAACCAAGAUGAUGGCAUAGAGAAGCUAGUGGAAGUUAGUUAGUCCCCCUAGAACAACUAAUAAACAACCAGGAAUAGCUAGUAAAUAAUCUGGAAUAAUUGCUUGAGGACAACCAUG